CGCGGGCGGAGGCCGCCGCCGGAAGCGGAAGAGGCUCCCGGAGCGGGGAGUGGGGCCUAGACGCGGCCCGGAGCCUGGGAGACGAUGCAUCACUGCAAGCGGUACCGCUCGCCCGAGCCAGACCCGUACCUGAGCUCCCGCUGGAAGCGGAGGAGGUCCUACAGCCGGGAGCACGAGGCCAGGCUGCGCUACCCGGCCCGCAGGGAGCCUCCCCCCCGGAGCCAUGACCAUGACCACGUGCCCUACCAGAGGAGGUACCGGGAGCACCGGGACAGUGACGCUUACCGCUGUGAGGAGCGGAGCCCCUCCUUCGGCGAGGACUGCUACGGACCCUCUCGCUCUCGCCACCGGCGGAGGUCACGCGACCGAGACAGGGCGCCCUACCGGCCCCGCAAGCACGCCCACCACUGCCACAAACGCCGCACCAGGUCUUGUAGCAGCGCCUCCUCGAGAAGCCAACAGAGCAGUAAGCGCAGCAGCCGAAGUGUGGAAGAUGACAAGGAGGGCCACCUGGUGUGCCGGAUCGGCGAUUGGCUCCAGGAGCGAUAUGAGAUCGUGGGCAACCUGGGUGAGGGCACCUUUGGCAAGGUGGUGGAAUGCCUGGACCAUGCCAGGGGGAAGUCUCAGGUUGCCCUGAAGAUCAUCCGCAAUGUGGGCAAGUACCGGGAGGCCGCACGGCUGGAGAUCAACGUGCUCAAGAAGAUCAAGGAGAAGGACAAGGAGAACAAGUUCCUGUGCGUGCUGAUGUCAGACUGGUUCAACUUCCAUGGCCACAUGUGCAUCGCCUUCGAGCUGCUGGGCAAGAACACCUUCGAGUUUCUCAAGGAAAAUAACUUCCAGCCCUACCCCCUGCCCCACGUGCGGCACAUGGCCUACCAGCUCUGCCACGCCCUGCGCUUUCUGCAUGAGAACCAGCUGACCCACACCGACCUGAAGCCCGAGAACAUCCUGUUUGUCAAUUCCGAGUUUGAGACCCUCUACAAUGAACACAAGAGCUGUGAGGAGAAGUCGGUGAAGAACACCAGCAUUCGGGUGGCCGACUUCGGCAGCGCCACCUUCGACCACGAGCACCAUACUACCAUCGUGGCCACCCGGCACUACCGGCCACCCGAGGUGAUCCUUGAGCUGGGCUGGGCUCAGCCCUGUGAUGUCUGGAGCAUCGGCUGCAUCCUCUUCGAGUACUAUCGGGGGUUCACGCUCUUCCAGACCCACGAGAACCGAGAGCACUUGGUAAUGAUGGAGAAGAUUCUGGGGCCCAUCCCUGCCCACAUGAUCCGCCGGACUCGGAAGCAGAAAUACUUCUACAAAGGGGGCCUAGUUUGGGAUGAGAACAGUUCGGAUGGUCGUUAUGUGAAGGAGAACUGCAAACCCCUCAAGACCUACAUGCUGCAGGACUCGCAGGAGCAUGUGCAGCUCUUUGACCUCAUGCGGCGGAUGCUGGAGUUCGACCCCGCGCGGCGCAUCACGUUGGCAGAGGCCCUGCUGCACCCCUUCUUUGCUGGCCUGACCCCCGAGGAGCGGAACUUGCACACCAGCCGCAACCCAAGCAGAUGACAGGCGCGGGCCGCGAGCCGGAGUGGGACUGGGCUGCUGCUGGGCCCUUGUUUGCGGCCUCUCCCACCGGGCCCAGGGCCAGAGCCACACCAUGGACAGUGCAAUGUGAAGGCAGGCAGGAGCCUGGGGGACGUGGUGCCCAGCUGGCAGGAAGCACAGACUUGACCGAGCUAUUUAUAUGUUGUAAAGUUAUAAUAAAGUGUUUCUUACUGUUUGUAACCCCGGGUACAGUGUGUCCGUCGCCAGGCUCCUGUCCUCCCUGCCACGG